AUGAAAAGCAUUACACUAAUUGCUUUAUUCCUUGCCUGUGCUUAUGCAAAUACCUGUGGAGGAAAUUGCCCAUCAAAUGACUGCACAAGCUGCUUGUGUGGAACUACAAAGGACGUUGUAAGUAUUGCUUCUUGGUGCUCUCAAUAUUCAGGAUGGAGCCAAACAUGCUGCCAAUGCAUUGCCUCUCAUGAAAGUGGUGGGAAUGCUAAUGCACAAAACCAUAACACUAAUGGGUCAAAUGACAUUGGCUUAUGGCAAAUUAACUCAGCAAACUGGGAUUCAUGCAGUGGAGGUUCUGCACCUUGUAACCCAUCAACAAACCUUGCUUGCGCUAAAAAGGUAUGGGGUUGGGGAGGCAAUACUUGGAAAUUAUGGUCAACUUGUUCUGGAUGCAAUUGUUGCAGCAAGGCUGAAGAGGACGAAUUCCUAAGACUUGAAGCUGAAGAAAGGUUAAGAGCCCAAAGCCAAGAGCAGUCAGUUUCUCAUAAAAUCGAUUCGGAAAACAAUGAGCUUAACUCUGGAAGUCAAUUAUAA